AUGGAUGUAAAGCAAGAUUAUGAUACUUUGUUGAAGGAGUUCGAGGCAUCCAAGGUACAGGUUGCCGAGGUGUUGGCUAUCAAUCAAAAGUUGAUUCAAGAGUUGGAACAAGUUCGUUUGGACAAUCAAUCACUCACCAACAGAAUACAAGAAUUACAACAACAACAACAAUCAUCAUCAUCUAAAUCGGCAACAACAACCACAACAACAACUGGUAAAUCCUUAACUUCUUCUGCUAGUACCUCGAAAACACCAGUAAAGACAACCACCACUACGCCUACCACUAAAUCACCUGUUGUUACCAAGACACCAACAUCUACAACUCCUUCAAAGAUUGGUACUCCAACUAAAACCUCAACCUCAACCACCUCAACAACACCAGUCUCAGCCACUAAGAAACCAACUGCUACAACAACAGCAGCAACUCCUCACUCGUCACCAGCAACUCAAAAAGUUACAAAACCCGUUGCUGCUACAACCACUUCUACACCACCAAAACCAGUUACAAAGUCAAAUUCAUCAACUUCACUUCAUAAGACACCGACCACCACCAGCAGCACUACUACUACCACUACAACCUCAGCUUUGAAACCUACCACCACCGCCACUGUCACCACUGGAUCACCAUCGGCAGCCAACAAAACCAUCACAAAGACACCAAGCCAACAAAAUGUAACUCCAACCACCGGCACCAAAACAGUCUCUAAAAUCUCAUCGCCAAAGCCAACCACCAUCACCAAAUCGACAACAUCAAACUCAUCGUCCAACUUGAAAGAACCAGCCGGUUCCUCCACAACCACAACCACAUCAACAACCACAACAUCAUCGACAUCCUCUAAAUCAAAUAUUGUAAAGCCAAUAACAACCAAUGGUUUAAAGAAAGUUGAACCAAAAGAUAAUGUCAAACCAAGUAGUCCAUUGACAAAGACAGGAUCAUCAAGUGGACUGAAGCCAGUGGUUUCAAGUAAGCCAGCAGCUUCUACUUCUACAACAACCACUACUACUACAACAAAGACAACAUCGACUACCACAACAAAGCCUGCCGCAGCAGCAGCAACAAUUUCAACAACAGUUGUCGAAUCGAAACCAAUUGUUAUUGAAUCACCUAAAGUUGAUGAACUCAAGGUAGCAGAGAUUAAGAUUGAAUUGUUACCACCAGUUGAAGAAACAUCAGCUGCUGCUGACGGUGCAACAGUGGUUACCACUGAGGUAGUCGAACUAAAGGUAGAUCCAAUUGUCGAGGAACCAGCAAAAGUUGAACCAGUAGCAAUCGUUGAGCAACCACAAGAAGUUGUAUCUAAGGACAUCAAGGAAGAUGUUACAAUUCAUGAGGAACCAGCACAUGUAGAAACAGUAGUUGAAGAACCAGCACAUGUAGAGCCAGUUGUUGGAGAGCCAGCAUAUGUAGAACGAGUAGUUGAAGAACCAGCACAUGUAGAGCCAGUUGUUGAAGAAUCAACACACGUAGAACCAGUUGUUGAAGAACCAGCACAUGUAGAACCAGUUCUUGAAGAACCAGCACAUGUAGAGCCAGCACAAGUAGACGCAGUUGUACCAGUUCUCGAAGAACCAGCACAUGUAGAGCCAGUACAACAAGACACUCUCGAACCAGUUCUUGAAAAACAAAUCAACCCAAAAUCUGAAGAGACAGAAGCUAAUGUUGAACCAGCACAUGUAGAGCCAGUUGAGCCAGUUCUCGAAGAACCAACUCACCCAGUAAUUGAAGAACCAGCACAUGCAGAGCCAGUUCAUGAAGAACCAGCUCAAGUUGAAUCAGUCCACGAAGAGGAAAAAGAAUCAGUUCAUGAAGAGCAACCAUUAAUUCAUGAAGAAGUAGAAGAAGAAGAUGAUGUCCAAGAGGAAUCAUUCGUUGAAGAGGAAGAAGAAAAGAUUGAAAAUCCAGUAUUUGAAGAAGUAGUUCAUGAGAAUGACAAUGACAACAAUAACAACAACGAUGCUGAUGAAGAUGAUGGUGUUUUCGAUGAUGACAAAAUUCAAACAACUACAGUUGUAGCAGGUGAAGAUGAUGGUGUAUGGGAUGACGAUAGCGAAGCAGCAGUAGUUGAUCAAGUCGAGGAAGAAGUCGAACAAAAAGUCGUAGUAGAGCCACAACAACAAGAAGAGGAAUUAGAAGUAGAAGAGACCGAUGAACUCGUAGGAGAAACCACAAAUGGUAAUGGAGUCAAUCAUCAAGAUACCACUUUUACCUUUGAACAACAACAACCACAAGAAACCUUUAAAUUUACCGAUGAAAUUAUGCUCGGUAAACAAACAAUCAAUGACAAUGCGAUCUCAUUUGACGAGUUGGAUCCAUUCACCAGCAAAUCAAGUGACACGACUCAAAACACCAACCUUACUAUUGACUCUGUUUCAGUACAAGAGGAUAAUAAGCUUGUAGAUAUAUAA